GGGAUCGGGCCGGGAGCGGGGCCGGGAGCGGGCCGGGCCGUGCCGGGAGCGGGCCGGGAUGGAGGCCGUGCCCCGCAUGCCCAUGAUCUGGCUCGACCUCAAGGAGGCCGGCGAGUUCGCCUUCAACGCCGCCGUCAAGAAGUUCGUGCUGAAGAACUAUGGCGAGAACCCGGAGAGCUACAACGAGGAGCUGCGGAAGCUGGAGCUGCUCCGGCAGAGCGCCGUCAGCGUGCCGCGGGACUUCGAGGGCUGCAGCACCCUGCGCAAGUACCUGGGGCAGCUGCACUUCCUGCAGAGCCGCAUCCCCAUGGGGCAGGGCCAGGAGGCGGCCGUGCCCGUCACAUGGACUGAGAUCUUCUCGGGCAAGGCGGUGACACACGAGGACAUCAAGUACGAGCAGGCCUGUGUCCUCUACAACCUGGGAGCCCUGCACUCCAUGCUGGGAGCCAUGGACAAGCGCGUGUCCGAGGAGGGCAUGAAGGUUUCCUGCACCCACUUCCAGUGUGCUGCCGGUGCCUUCACCUACCUGAGGGACCACUUCCCUCACUCCUACAGUGUGGACAUGAGCCACCAGAUCCUGAGCCUCAACAUCAACCUCAUGCUGGGCCAGGCACAGGAGUGUCUCCUGGAGAAGUCCAUGCUGGACAACAGGAAGAGCUUCCUGGUGGCCCGGAUCAGUGCCCAGGUGGUGGAUUACUACAAGGAGGCCUGCAGGGCCCUGGAGAACUCAGAGACAGCCUCGCUGCUGGGCAAGAUCCAGAAGGACUGGAAGAAGCUGGUCCAAAUGAAAAUCUAUUACUUUGCUGCUGUGGCCCACCUGCACAUGGGGAAGCAGGCUGAGGAGCAGCAGAAGUUUGGGGAGAGGGUCAUCUACUUCCAGAGCGCUCUGGACAAGCUCAACGAAGCCAUCAAGCUGGCCAAGGGCCAGCCCGAGACCGUGCAGGAGGCUCUGAGGUUCACCAUGGAUGUCAUUGGUGGGAAGUACAAUUCAGCCAAAAAGGACAACGACUUCAUCUACCACGAGGCUGUGCCUGCGCUGGACACUCUGCAGUCUGUCAAAGGUGCCCCCUUGGUGAAGGCUCUGCCCGUGAACCCCACGGACCCCGCGGUCACCGGCCCCGACAUCUUUGCCAAGCUGGUGCCCAUGGCUGCCCACGAGGCCUCGUCCCUGUACAGCGAGGAGAAGGCCAAGCUGCUGCGGGACGUGAUGGCCAAGAUCGAAGCCAAGAACGAAGUGCUCGACCAGUUCAUGGACUCCAUGCAGCUGGACCCCGAGACCGUGGACAACCUGGACAUGUACAACCACAUCCCGCCCGUGCUGAUGGAGAAAUGCGCCGCGCUCAGCGUGCGCCCCGACACCGUGCGCAACCUCGUGCAGUCCAUGCAGGUGCUCUCCGGGGUUUUCACGGACGUGGAGGCCUCGCUGAAGGAGAUCCGGGACCUGCUGGAGGAGGACGAGGCGCAGGAGCGCAAGCUGCAGGAGCUGCUGGGGAGGGUCCCGCCGGCCCCCGCCUCCCCCCCGGGGCUGGCCGAGGUCAGCAAGGAGUGCUCCAAGUACCUGGAGCUGCACGAGAAGGCGAGUUUCACCAACACCGAGCUGCACCGCGCCAUGAACCUGCACCUGGGCAACCUGCGCCUGCUCGGCGGGCCCCUGGAGCAGGUGCGGGCUGCGCUGCCCACCCCCACGCUCUCCGAAGACGACAAACAGGUGCUGCAGAACCUGAAGCGGAUCCUGGCCAAGGUGCAGGAGAUGCGGGACCAGCGGAUGUCCCUGGAGCAGCAGCUGCGGGAGAUGAUCCAGAGGGACGACAUCACCACCUCGCUGGUCACCACCGACCGCUCCGAGAUGAAGAAGCUCUUUGAGGAGCAGCUGAAGAAGUACGACCAGCUCAAGGUGUACCUGGAGCAGAACCUGGCUGCCCAGGAGAACGUGCUCAAGGCGCUGACCGACGCCAACGUCAAGUACGCGGCCGUGCGCAAGGCCCUGGCCGAGGUGGAGCACAAGUGGAACACGACCGUGCAGACCCUGGUGGCCUCCUACGAGGCCUACGAGGACCUGAUGAAGAAGUCCCAGGAGGGGAAGGAUUUCUACACGGACCUGGAGGGGAAGGCGGCCAAGCUGCUGGAGCGGGCACGGGCAGCGUGCCAGGCCAGCGAGGCACACCGGCAGCAGCUGCUGGAGAGGGAGCUGAAGAAGCAGCCGCCCCCCCGGCCCACGGCCCCCAAGCCCCCGCUGCAGAAGAAGCCGCUGGACGAGGCCGGGGGCCCCGAGGCGGCCGAGCUGGGCUCGCUGGCGCUGCAGGAGCUGCCGGAGGAGCUGCGGAGCCUCCCCCCGGAGCUGCUGCCCGCGCCCCUGGCCCAGCUGCCGCCCCCGGCGCUGGCCGCCCUGCCCGGGGCGCUGCGGCCCGCCGAGCCCUUCCUGCUGCCGGCGGGGGUGGCCAGCGCCCCGCUGCCCCCGCUGGCGCCCGCGCCGCCCUUCCCGGGCCACUACCGCCUGCCCGGGGCUCCCGCCGUGCCCGGGCCCUUCCCCGCCCCCGGGGCCGUCCCGGGGCAGCUCCUGCAGCCCUCGGCCCCGGCCGGCCCCGCCGCCCCCGGCCCCGCCGCGCCCCAGCUCUUCCCGGCCGCGCCGCUGAUCCGCGCCCCGGCUCAGCCGCCCUUCGUGGGGAGCCCCCACGCUGUACCCCCGCGCUCGUCCCCCCAGCACGGCGCCCUGCCCGCCCCCGCCUACGGCCUGGCCCGGCCCGGCCCGGCCCCCGCCCCGCUCCGCCCGCCCGUGCCCGGGGCAGCGCCCGCGGGGGCUCAGCCGGGGCUGGGGGGCCACGAGCCCCCGGGCGCCCGCCCGGCCACCACCACGGUGGACAGCGUCCAGGCGCCCAUCCCCAGCUGCUCCGCGCCGCCCCGGGGCCCGUUCCUGCCCGCCCAGCGCCCGGCGGCGCCCCCGGCGCCCUUCCCCUACGCGGCGGGGGCGGUGCAGCCCUUCGGGGCGCCGGCCCCGGCCCCCUUCCCCCCGGCACAGCCCCCGCCCGCCUUCGCCCAGGGCCCGCAGCAGUUCCCGCCGGGCCCGUUCCUGCCCCCGGGCCGAGCCCAGGCCCCUCUGCCCUUCCAGCCGCCGCCCCGAGUGCCCCUGGCCCCGGCCCCGUUCCCGCAGCAGCAGCAGCAGCAGCAGCAGCGUUUCCCCGCCCCGGGGGCGCCGCUGCCCCCGCCGGCCCCGGCGCAGCCCCCGCAGCUCUACCAGCUCCCCGGGCAGGAGCAGCUGCCCCCGCGGGCCUGGCCCCGCGCCCCGGGCCCGUGCCCUUCCCCGGGGCUCCAGCCGGCGCCCCCCGCGUCCCCCGCGCUGCCCUUCUGCCCCAGCCCGGCUGCCCCCGGGGCUCAGCUGCCCCCCGGCACCGUGGCCCUGGCUCCGCCCGCCGCUCCCGCCCCGCCCAGCCAGGCCCCUUCUCCCGGGCCGCUGCCGGGGGCCGUGGCGGUCCCGGGCCCGCUGGUGCCGUCCCCGGCGCCGUCCCCGUCCCCAGCGCUGCCCGUGCAGCCCCCGGCGCCGCGGCCGCCCCCGGCGCUGCCCCCGGCGGGCCCCGCGGAGCCGCCGUUCCCGCGGCACAGCCCCUGCCCCGCCGACCUGCUGUCGUCCAGCCCCGAGAGCCAGCCCGGCGGCUCGGCCGCGCCCGGGGGGCUGCUGCAGCCCACCAAGGCGGGCCCGCAGGAGGGGCAGCGGCCCCGGGCCGUGCAGCUCAUCGAGGCCGACCCGUACGCGGAGCCCGAGCGCGUGCGGCGGCUGCUGGCGGAGCUGGAGCGGUUCCGCGGCCUGGCCGAGCGCCUGGAGCGGCCCGCGCCCGGCGGCGGCUCCGAGCUGGACGCGCUCUGGAAGGAGCUGCAGGAGGCGCAGGAGCGCGACGCCCGGCAGCGCUCCAUCGCCAUCGCCCGCUGCUACUCCAUGAAGAACCGGCACCAGGACAUCAUGCCCUACGACCGCAACCGCGUCGUGCUGCGCUCGGGCAAGGACGACUACAUCAACGCCAGCCGCGUGGAGGACCUGUCCCCGUACUGCCCCGCGCUCAUCGCCACGCAGGCCCCGCUGCUCGGCACCGCCGCCGACUUCUGGCUCAUGAUCUACGAGCAGAAGGUGUCCGUGGUGGUCAUGCUCGUGUCCGAGCAGGAGCUGGACAAGAAGGUGCUCCGGUACUUCCCGUCGGAGCGGGGCCAGCCCGUGGCGCACGGGCCCCUGAGCGUGGUGCUCACCAGCCUGAGGGUGACCCCCACACACGUGGAGCGGAUGCUGACGCUGCAGUACCGGGACCAGAGCCUCAAACGCACCGUGGCCCACCUCCAGUUCACCUCCUGGCCUGAGCUGGGCCUGCCCGACAGCAAGGGGAGCCUCCUGCGCUUCAUCCAGGAGGUGCACGGCCACUACCUGCACCAGCGGCCGCUGCACACGCCGGUGGUGGUGCACUGCAGCUCCGGCGUGGGCCGCACCGGCGCCUUCUGCCUGCUGUACGCGGCCGUGCAGGAGGUGGAGGCCGGGAACGGCAUCCCGGACCUGGCGCAGCUGGUGCGGCGGAUGCGGCAGCAGCGCAAGCACAUGCUGCAGGAGAAGCUGCACCUCAAGUUCUGCUUCGAGGCCGUGCUGCUCCACGCCGAGCAGGUGCUGCUGCGCCACGGCGUGGGCGGCCCCAGCCUGGCCAAGCCCCCCAGCAGCAGCUCGCCCAAGCUGUACUUCCAGCAGGACCCGCAGGACCUGGUGCUGGGGGGGGACGUGCCCAUCAGCUCCAUCCAGGCCACCAUCGCCAAGCUCAGCAUCAAGCCGGGGGCGCCCAGCGCCGAGCCCGGGGAGGGCUGGGGGGCGGAGCCCGGCCCCGCUGCGCAGCCCGUGGAGCCCGAGGUGCCGCUGCCCGUCCCGGACGGCCUCGUGGACGGCGUCGGUGCCCCCGAGCCCGAGCCCCCCGCCCCGAGGCCGCCCCUCCCCGAGGCACCGGCCGACACUGAGAGCGCCAACCAGAGCACCAACCACGUCGGGGGGGGGGAGAGCCCCGAGGGGCCGGGGGCGCCGCCGGAGCCCCCCGCUGCCCCCCGCCUCCUCCUCCUCCUCCCUGGAGCUCCUGGCCUCGCUGACGCCCGAGGCCUUCAGCCUGGACGCGUCCCUCAAGGGCAAGCAGCGCAUGAACAAGCAGAACUUCCUGCAGGCGCAGCCGGGCGAGGGGCUCCGGGCGCCCCGGCCCAGCGACGACCCCCUCAGCAUGCUCGACCCCCUCUGGACCCUCAACAAGGCGUGAGGGGGGCGGGGGCCCCCCGGCCCCCAGCCCCACUUCGUUUGACUCCGGGUAGAACUGACUUUUUCAGCUCUUUGCUACUAAAAUAAAGCGAGUUUAUCUGCAGGGCCGGGCCCUGGUGCUGGUGGCGCGGGGGGGUCAGGGCCGGGCCAGGCUCGGGUUAGUUCCGUUUAAUGGAUGUUCUGCACACGUUAUAAAACACGAUCGGUACAAAAAGCGUCCCCUGUACAGCACAAAGGUACAGCUGGGCGAAGGCCACCCGCGGGGGCUGGGCCGGGGUUCCGGGGGUCCCCCCGCCCCGGCCGGCGCCGCCCCUACAAUCAUCGGGGGUCGGGAACGGGCGCUUCGGGGCAGGGGGACGGGCCGGGAGCCCCGGGGCUGCCCCGUUCCUGGCUGCGCUCGUUGGUCCCGCUGUGCCCCGCUCGGGUCCCUCCCAGCGCCCGCUCCCAACCUGAGAAAAGCCUCCUCUGGCCCCGCAGCGGGAGGAGGAGGAGGAAGGGGAGGAGGAGGAAGGUGCUAUUGCUGCAGCCGGGGCGCAGGAGGGAGCCGGGCAGGGCAGCUGUGCCAGGGCACGGCGAGGGCAGCGCUGCCGGGGCUGGGCCCCCGCGCCCCCCCCCCC